ACCCUUUUUCUUUAAAGGUGGGUACACUUUCUUCGAGACGUCGUACCGGAACUCAGGCAACCAAAUGGAUCCAUAUUCUCCGUCCUUUUCUUCAGCAUUUCCUGUGGAUACAAGAUCUCAAUUCCAAAACUAUGGAUUCACUGCCCUGCUGCUUAGCCAGAACAUAAGUCAAACUGACCCAAACGGUUACUGUGUCAGCUUCUUUUAUGCUAUCAAUGGGUUGAGUGCACACAAGUUAAAAGUAAUUUUGAUGGACGGAGAAACUUCGGAAAACCAGACACUCUGGGAAAGUAAUGACGGGCUCGAGGGUAGUUGGAGGAAGGGCGAAGUCGCCUACACAUAUGGAAGUAUCCAUAAAAUUGUAUUCGAGGGUAUCCCAAAGAACUCAUCCGACCCAUCUAGAACUUUCCGUGGUUACCUAGCCUUAGAUGACAUCAGAUUUGAGAUUCUCGGGAGCGGAUCUAACUGUAUAGGUCACUGCACAUUCGAAGGAGGAUUGUGUGACUGGUCUAAUUCCAGGGGUCAGGAUGACUUCGAAUGGGAGUUAGGACGAGGAACCCAGAGUUUCCUGACUGGUCCAGCACAGGAUUAUAGUAGUUUUGGCGCCAAGACACAAUCAGGUGGUUAUGCAUACAUUGAUGCUGCUUACCCUCGUCGGCCUGGGGAUAAAGCCCAACUGUUAAGUCCUGUCAUACAAGCAACUGGUGAGAAUAGGCAUUUUUUUUUCAUUUAUGCUACUUUCUUAGAGAAUUGUUAUAAUGUAUCAACAAUAAUUAGGAAAUUAAAUACUGAGGUAUUUUAAGA